UCUGAUGAAAUAAAUAAAUCAAUACUUUUAACCAUUUAUAGAUUUUUCAAGUCGAAUAAAUAUGAUAAAAUAUCCACAAAUAUGAAUAAAGUUAAAGGGAAGAAUCGUCAUUCAAAUCAAGAAUCGGAAAGUGAUGAAAGUAACCAAACUACGCCGGCACUUGAUUUAAGUUUGAUGCGAAAACCCAUCGCGACAUCAGUGACGGGGUUUGAAGAAGUUUUGCGCGCAUAUGAAGCAGGGACAAAUGAACUACGAAAACUUUUGUCUCGAGAGUGUGACCUGAUUUAUGAGUGCAAAGUAUGUCGAAAUAUUUUCCGGAGUCUGACAAAUUUCAUAUCGCACAAGCGCGUUUAUUGCCGAAGUAGCUUUAACGCAUCUGAUCAUUUCCACUUUCGCGAUAAUGGAUUUCAAGUUCAAGACAUAUCAACGAUCAUUCAAGCUGAACAAGAAAUCAAUAACAAUCCAAAUGGUGCUGCUGGAAUCCUACCAGGAGCUGAUGAUAAAUCAAAGGAUUUAAGUGGAAUUGUUGAGCGUCUUCUAUGGAAGCAACAUCAAUCGCGUACAAGUAACUUAAAUGACUUUUAUGAUCAGAUUCACACAUCUAAGAAAGUCAAUCACGACGAUUCAAUGUCUUCAUCACAAAAAAGCCAAACUUUAAAAUUAAAUCGUGUCAAUGACUCAGACAUUGCUGUUUAUCAAUCACUUCAUCUUGACAACGAUAACAGCAACAUGAAGGAUGAGAUUAACGAAGUUCACAAAAUGUUAACAAAAUCCAACACAGUCCUCGGACCUGAUGGCAAAGUUUUGAAUCUUUUCACAUCCAUCGACAAAGACGGCUCACAACAAUCCACAACUCAAGAACUUUCUUUAAAAUGUCAAGUGUGCAAUUUACCAUUUGAAACUGAAAAAACUUUAAAACUUCAUUUGGAAUUGAAACAUUUACCAUCAACUUAUGUUUAUCAAUGUCCAUCAUGUUCACAGAAAUUCUCAUCAUCAGCUGCUGUCAUCAAACACUUGAGUAAUGACCACAAAAAAAACAAUCGACGAAUACGUUUGAUGCGUGACAACAUUAUAAAGAAGAGAAUUCGUGCUGAUGAAGUCAUAUCAAAGCCUCCUGUAAUGAAUCGUGAACUUCAAAAACUUCAGCAGUCAAAUGGUGACGGAGUAAAUGAUGAGACUGGCGAUUGGAACACAAAUGAUCUCAGUGGCGAUUAUCAGAAUGAUUCCUACAUUUGUCCGAGUUGUUUUAAGAAGUUUGAUAGAAAAGCUGUUUAUACAAGUCACGUUCAAGCUUGUUCCGAUGCAAAAUGUCGUGAGAAAGUGAAACUGAAGAAAAGAAAGGCCAAAGAAGAAACCAAAAUUAAACAAUUAUUAGAAUUCGAAGAAGCAAAUUCUAAUGGAAGUGAGCAAAGUGCAUUGGAACCGAUUCCAACUCCAUUGCCAGAGAUGAUCACAACACAACCUGAACCUGAUCCCAACACUACAAAUAAACGCAAAAGAAAGCGCACGAGUAAAGUAAAGAAAGAUGAAAUUGAAGUUAAACCACCGCCGACUGCUGUUCAACAUGAAGAAUCAACAUCAGUUGAUUGGAAUCUUGAUGAUGAAGAGGAAAAGAAGAAACUUGAAAAUAUUAAGAAAGAAAUCAUUGAAGACGACUACAAGAGAGUUCAGGAAAGUCUAAACAGUUCAUUAAAUGACUCAACAGUUGCUAAUACGAGUGGCGAACACGACGAUGAUGAUGACGACGAAGAUCGCGGACUUGUCAUUGAUGAAAAAGCUACUGAAGGUGAUGAUGGUGUUGGAGCUAACAAUGGUGGUGUAACUGGUGAAUCCUUCAAAUGUCCACAAUGCGAUAAAGUCUUCGACACUGAUGAUAAACUCAAAUAUCAUUUAAAUACUUAUCAUUCACGACAGAAACGAUUCAAAUGUAAAUUGUGUGAAUAUCAAGGAUAUCGAAAGAAAGAUACAAUAAAUCAUCUUAAUUAUGUUCACAAUGUUAAUGGUGAGAAGGAAUCAUUGGAGAAUUACAUGGAAAGUGCGAUGAAAGCUGUCGAUGAAGAAUCUCUGGCAAAGCAGAAUGAAUUGAAGAAGAAUCAAUUAAAGAUCAAGCGGAGAAUGGCAAGAGAAAAAUUGAAGAUGAAUGGAAUGAAAGAAGAACCUUCAGUGGUUGAAACAAAGUCAGAAAUUGUAAAAGAUGAGCCACCAGUGGAGAUAAAAAUCGAAUUUAAACAACCAGCAGCUGUCAAAGUGACAGAAGAAUCACCGAAAGUGUCACCACCAAAAAUUCGUCGCAAAUCUUUGCACACAUCAAUUUUAAUUCCACCCAAAACUGAUUCUCCUGAUGAUGUGAUGAAGUUACCGAAAAUGUUUAUCAAGACGAAAGUUGAAUCUGACGAUGACAAGGAGAAAGAGAAAAAUAAAGAAAGGAAGAAGAAAAGAAGCUCGUUGCGAAGUGAUCGUCAUCAGUCGAAUAACAACCAAGCUGGUCAAAGCUUAUUAAACAUUGGAAAGUAUGGAAAAGUAUUAAAGCGUUCACCGAAUAGUGACUCAAAAGACAGCACAACACAAAGGCCAAUAAGAAAUCGAAAGCAACCAGUUCGGAAAGACUUCCUUUAUGACCUUUCAGAUUUAUUAAAGAAAGAUGCUGAUGCACAUCGCGAACAAUUACUUCAAACUGCAACACUUGGUUGUAAACGUGAGUUAAGAAAGCGAACAAUGUCAACACAUACACGUGAAACUCCUGGCUUAAGUUCUUUCGAUGAAACGCCGAAGACUGAGAAGCAACAGCCGAUGUCGACACCAACAUUAACAACACAAACUCCAAAUAAUGACGAAGUUGAAGUUGCUUCUAAUGUAAAGUUCAAUAAAGAUCCACGAACACGUCGUAUGAGCGUUUUUACACCCCCAACUCGUUCGAUGUAUCCACCAUUGCCUCGUUCACCAAUCUACAAGCCACCACCUGAACCCACAAUUUCAAAUCCAAACGCUGGCGCUGCUUAUAAGUUGGCAUUAAGAGAAUUUAAUGCACAUCGCGCUAGUUUAUAUGAACCGAAGUUCCAUUGGUCGAUUUGUUUUGAUCAACAAUCAAAGAAGUCAACAUUCUCACCACCAUCAGUUGUUGCAUCAACUCCAGUUCGAUCAGCUGCUUCAAGCAUUCUACAAAAAUUAUCAGGAAAGGUUGAAGAACCUUUUUCACUUCUUCCAGUAUCAACAUCGACAACUACAAAGAAUUCAGAUGAAAAGUUUAAUGCUGAACAACUUUAACGACCGUCAACCAUUAAUAGCAACGUUACACAAACAGCCAACAAAUAAAAGCCCUAGAUACAUACACUCAUCGUUUACACAAGAAUAUAAUUAAAUUGCAAUCACAAUAAUCACGUGAGGGGAAAGAAUGAAGAAUAUAAGAAGAAUUCUUAGUUUAUCUAACUAAAUAUUAGAAAUAUUAAAAUUAUUUAACUCGUUGCAUACGAAAACUUGUAGAAAAUAGCAUAAAAAUCUUGUUAAAAGAAUGAAAAAAAAAAUCAAUUUAAAUAAAUUUUAAUUAUAAAAUAAUUAGUUUAAUGUAAAAUGCCAUUC